AUGGAAACAAGGGAAAAGCUCAGAAAAGAUUCUUCGGGGUGUUGUUUGCCAGCGCGCUGCUACGCACUGCUCCUGUUCCAGACGCUGCUGUUCACGGUGACGGUGCUGCCGCUGCGCGUGGCGGCCAUCGCCGUGCUGCUGGUGCUGGCCUGGCUGCUGGCCUGCGUCGGGCUGAUCGGCCUCAGCGAGGAGGACCUCCGCACCAAGCCCAUGACCGGCUGGAGGAAAGACACCAAGAACGUUCUGUGCUUCUUGAUGCGGGGCUUGUUCGCGGCCGGCGGCUUCCACCGGGUGCACAUCAAGGGGCGCCAGGCCGCCCCCAAGGAUGCGCCCGUGCUCGCCCUCGCCCCGCACUCGUCCUACUUCGACGCGCUGCCCGUCAUCUGCCUGGGCGCCCCCAGCGUCGUCGCCAAGGGGGAGACCGGACACCUGCCCUUCUUCGGCAGACGGUGCGGCGUUGGAUCAGCGUGCUGGGCCGCUGGUCGUACGAGUGGGGCGGCAUGUCCUUAGAGGUGAAGGGACGCCAGGCGGCGCGCGAGGAGGCCCCCGUCCUGGUGGCCGCGCCCCACUCCACGUUCCUGGACGCGGGCAUCGUCUACCUCACCGGCUUCCCCAGCAUCAUCUGCCGACGGGAGAGUGGACGCAACGUCUGGCUGCGAAGUACGUCGCCCGAGACAAGAGAGACCAUCAACCAUUCCCUCAAUCAUUUUUAUCCAUGAAAAGAAAAAGAAAGGGAACGAUGCGCAUGAAAGUUAAAUCAACCGACAGUGAUCCAAUAUCAGUUUUAUUACUUUACCUUUUUUCCAAGUUUCGCAUAAGCUGUGUUUUUUCCAGUACGCGAUUUCAUUGCAGACUGAAACAUCAUUAGUAUUGCGUAGUCGUUCCAGCUCAGGUAAAAGAGCCAAGCAAUAGUUAGAUCCUUGACGCGCUAGCUAUCGGUUUUUACGGUAUUUCUGGUUGCAUUGUGUUUCUGUAGACAUGCACUAUAUGCCCUCCGUCAGUACUUAACAUUCGCCACGCACGAAACGUAUGAAUUAACUCUUGUUUUUGGUGUGGAAUUUUGUGGUGUAGAUUCUUUCUGUGUUCGUUUGGCCUUUUCUGAGGCGUUGUGCUCAUAUCUGUAUGUAGAUCAUGACCAAGAAGCGAUUGCACAAGCUGUCAGUGUUUUGGGUGGCAGAAAUUGAACGUAGAGGAGGAAGGGCUUCCAAGCUGAACUAUCCCCAUACAGACCCUUAAACAUUUUAAAUUU